AUGACAUUUUCUGCGAAAUUUUUCAUUGCACUUCAAACUUUGUACGUUUGUCGUGCGUUUUAUCUUCCAGACAAGGAAGGUAACGAAAGCCAAAACAUAUUAAACAACCGACCAAUUAUCGGAGUCAUGAUGCAGUCCGCGAAAGAUAUGAGUUUUAACACUACCAAGCCAAAUUACAUUGCAGCUUCGUACAUUAAAUACUUGGAAUCAUCAGGGGCUCGAGUCGUGCCGAUAUGGAACGAUCUUACCGAACGUGAAACGGUGAAAUUAUUUAAAACAAUUAAUGGUGUUCUCUUCCCCGGAGGAGAUGUUGACUGGGUUCACUCAGGAUAUGCUAAAGUUGGCAGAAAAAUUCUGGAUUUGGCCAAGGAAUCAUUCGACCAUCGAGAUUACUUUCCAGUUUGGGGAAUAUGCCUUGGUCACGAAUUUCUCUCUGUUUACGUUGCAGGAACAACAAAUAUUCUCUCGAAAACGGACUCGGAAAAUAUAACAUUGACCCUAGAUUUUGCAGACGAUUAUAAAGAGAGCCAAAUAUUUCAAAACAUGCCGACGGAGUUGGAAGAAUUUCUCAGCACUGUACCCUCUACCGCUAAUUUUCAUGAUUGGUCUGUGACUGUGAAAUCAUUCAAUGAAAAUAAGAACAUGACAGAUUUUUAUAAUGUUUUGUCAACAAGCGUGGAUCGAAAUGGAAUUGAGUUUAUUUCAACUAUGGAGGGAAAAUACUACCCGUUUUUUGCCACUCAAUGGCAUCCUGAGAAGAAUUCUUUCGAGUGGGAUCCAGUAAGAAAUAUGUCUCAUGUCGCGAAAGCUAUUCAAACCACUCAAUACAUGUCAAAUGUCUUUGUCAAUAAAGCGCGUUUGAACCACCAUAAAUUUGAGUCGACAGAGAAAGAAGAAGCGGAGUUAAUUUAUAAUUACAAUCCGUUGUAUACUGGGGGUUAUACGGUCUUCGAACAAGUCUAUGUUUUCAGUAACAGUUCUGCAAGUUACAGUCAGCCGUCAAUAAACAGUGACAGUGUUCAACAUGCACGAUGGCUGAAAGGCUUAUAUAAUUUUUAUAAAGUAUAG